AUGCCAUUAACUUCUACAGAAUCAUUAUCAUUAAUUAGUUUAGAUUCAUCUAAAUCAUCUAAUUUAUGUAUAUCAGUGGAUAUACCAUCAUCACCAAAAGAAUCAAUUAAAUUAUCAUGUAAUAUUUCACCUACAUUUAAUAUAGAUGAUAUUUUAUCAACUCAUUAUGAACAUGAUGAAUUCAAUAAACAAUCAUUGAAUGUGAAUAAAAAUUCUUAUAUUGUUCAAAUGAAUAAAACUGAUAAUACAUUAUUAAAUAAUGGUAAGUAA